GCACUGUGGCUACAGCAAAGCUUUCCAAGAUCCUGACGAGGAGAAAAUGCAUUACCAGAACGGGCAGGUGAAAUUCCCAGAGUCUAAAUUUUACCUGGAUUCGCACACCUACGAAGACCCCUGCCAGGCCGCCCACGAAGUCAUGCGUGAAAUCGAUGCGUCCCGGAUUAAAAUCGAGCGGGUGAUCGGCUCGGGUGAAUCGGGAGAGGUUUGUUACGGCCGCCUGAAGAUCCCGGGGAAAAGGGAGAUACCGGUGGCGGUGAAAUCCUUGAAACCUGGUUACACGGAGAAGCAACGGCGGGAUUUUCUCAGCGAAGCCAGCAUCAUGGCCCGCUUCGAUCACCCCAACGUUAUCCAUCUGGAAGGGGUGGUCACCAAAAAUAAAUUGAUGAUGAUUGUGACCGAAUACAUGGAAAACGGAUCUCUGGAUUCAUUUCUCCGGAAACACGACGGGCAAUUUACGGUUCUCCAGCUGGUCGUCAUGCUCAGGGGCAUCGGCGCCGGCAUGCGUUAUCUCUCCGAUCUGGGUUACGUCCACCGGGACCUGGCAGCUCGUAAUAUCCUCAUUAACGGCAACCUGGUUUGCAAAGUCUCGGACUUCGGCCUCUCGCGCAUCCUGGACGACAAUCCCGAUGCGGCUUACACAACCACGGGGGGGAAGAUCCCUGUUCGAUGGACGGCCCCCGAAGCCAUCACGUUCCGGAAGUUCUCGUCGGCUAGCGACGUCUGGAGUUACGGCAUCGUCACAUGGGAAGUGCUGGCCUACGGAGAGCGGCCAUAUUGGAACAUGACCAAUCAGGACGUCAUCCAAUCGGUGGAGGAAGGCUACCGGUUGCCCGCUCCGAUGGGAUGCCCCGUGGCCUUGCACCAGCUGAUGUUGAACUGCUGGCAGAAAGAACCGGACGAGAGGCCGCGUUUCUCCCAAAUCUUGGACAUCCUGGACAAACUCAUCCGUAACCCUCAAAGCUUAAAAUGCACCGCCACGCUCAACCGCCAAACGCUGUCCGAACGGAGCCACAUCGAUUUCACCCUCUGCAGCUCCGUGGAAGAAUGGCUGGACUCCAUACGGCUGGGAAGGUACCAGGAAAAUUUUGCCCUGGGUGGCUACUCCUCUCUCAGCCUGGUGAUGCACAUGAAUAUUGA